AUGCGCUGCCCCAAGUGCCUUCUCUGCCUGUCAGCACUGCUCACACUCUUGGGCCUCAAAGUGUACAUCGAGUGGACAUCCGAGCCCCGGCUGGGUAAGGCCUACCCGGGACCCCGCAGCACCCCACCAGGCCCCACGCCAGCCAGCCCCGAGCCCACCCUGCCGGCUAACCUCUCGGCCCGUCUGGGCCAGACUGACCCGCUGCCCUCGGCUUACUGGAACCAGCAGCAGUGGCGGCUGGGGACCCUGCCCGGUGGGGACAGCACUGAGGUGGGGGGCUGCCGCGCUUGGGGAGCUGCCGCUGCGGCUGAGAUCCCCGACUUCGCCUCCUACCCUGAGGACCUCCGCCACUUCCUGCUGUCGGCAGCCUGCCGGAGCUUCCCUCGGUGGCUGCCCAGGGGUGGCGGUGGCCAGGUGGCCAGCUGCGAGGAUCCCGACGUCCCCUACCUGCUGUUGGCCGUCAAGUCGGAACCAGGGCGCUUCGCGGAACGACAGGCCGUGAGGGAGACAUGGGGCAGGCCGGCUCCCGGGGUCCGGCUGCUCUUCCUGCUGGGGUCCCCAGCCGGCGAGGGGAGGCCUGACCUAGGCUCCCUGGUGGCCUGGGAGAGCCGCCGCUACAGUGACCUGCUGCUCUGGGACUUCCUUGACGUCCCCUUCAACCAGACGCUCAAGGACCUGCUGCUGCUAGCCUGGCUGGGCCGCCACUGCCCCAGCGUGAGCUUCAUCCUGCAAGCCCAGGAUGACGCCUUCGUGCACAUCCCCGCCCUUCUGGACCACCUGCGGGCCCUGCCGCCCAGCACGGCCCGUGGCCUCUACCUGGGUGAGGUCUUCACCCAGGCCAAGCCCCUCCGGAAGCCUGGAGGACCCUUCUACGUGCCUGGGUCCUUCUUUGAAGGCGGCUACCCAGCCUAUGCAAGUGGGGGCGGCUACAUCAUCGCGGGCCGCUUGGCACCCUGGCUGCUGCAGGCGGCGGCCCGCGUGGCCCCCUUCCCCUUCGACGAUGUCUACACCGGCCUGUGCUUCCGAGCCCUGGGCCUGGCCCCCAGGACCCACAAAGCCUUCCUCACGGCCUGGCCGGCAGACCACACUACUGACCCCUGUGCUUUCCGUGACCUACUGCUGGUGCGGCCCCUCAGCCCCCAGGACAGCAUCCGGCUCUGGAAACAGCUGCGGGACCCUCAGCUCCGGUGCUGA